AUAUUUAAGUAUUAUAUUUAUUAUUUUGCUUUUGAAACAAUGACGUCAUGCACCUCAUUGGCAACAAGAUUUCUCGAGAAUUCUGAUGAUCAUUCAGUUGAGAAUCUGAAAAAUUAUCCAGAACAGCAAUCACAUUUUUUGAAAUCUCAACCAACAUACAAUGAUCUCUCAUCAAAUAGCUCUAUUAAUAUUCUGAAAGAUGUGGUUCGUUGCAUGCUAGAUAAAGAUACCAGCGCAUUAGGCUUUCACAUAUCUCAAAGAUCAGAUGGGAUUUGCAUCAGCCACGUGGAACCAAAUGGUCCAGCUCAUCGUUCCGGAAAUAUUUUCGUAGGCGAUAAAAUAAAAGAAUUGACAAUUGCUUUCGAGAACAUGCCAAUUACUGAUGCACUGACAAUACUAAGCUGCGCUUCAACGUACAAAGUACUUUUAUGCACAACUUUAGCUACAAGAAGUAAAGCAAUCCAAUUGACCUUACAGAUUCGACUUGAACUAGAACGGUCUUUAGUUGAUGAAACUAUUGAACCUGAUCACCCAGAAUUUGCAAAGUGUCAUAAAGUUUCGGUCGUUGAUGAAUGUCAAUUUUCAUCGCUUUUGAAAAGCCAUUCAACUUCAGAUUUGACUAAACGGUUCCAAAAAGCACAAAUACCGGCAAAAAUAGCAAAUGGUGGAAGUUUUAUGUCCAAACAAAAAUAUCAACUUCCUCGGCGAAGUAGCCAAAAUUUGGCUCCUGAAGCUCUAGUUGAAUCAAUGAAUUCUGAAUCUUCAAGAGGAUGCAAAGCAUAUUCACAAUCCACAACAGCAAGUGAACCUGCAGUAGCGGUACAAAACUGUGUUAUUAGCGAAGAGACUAUAGUGAUUACAGAUGAGUACUCAGGAACUUCGCCAUCAACUUUGCAAACUGUUCAAACAUCACAAAGUGAAGUAUUUCCUGAUUUAAAGAUUCAGUCAAAUAAAUUUGCUAGCAAUGAAUCUUUGCAAGUACUAAAAAACAUAUCAAAUCCAUCAACACCAGAAAACUCUCCGAGACAAUCAACAACACGCAUUCCAUCACCACGCAGUAAACGACCGCCACUUUCGUUAGCACCCAAAGAAGACGAAAAAAUUGAUCAAAUAAAGCAGAAUGAAUGUUCAAAAUUUGAAAAGCAGUCAGAAUCAAUUUAUUCAAACGCAAGCAUCAAAGAUGCAAUGCAAAAAAGUCAUAUGGAAUUUUGUGAACUGAUCGAACCAAAAAUAGAAACGAUUGCGACUGAAUUCGAAGAAAAUAACGCUGGAAAUAAAAGCGAAGAAGACGAUCAGAACUCUUUUCUUAAUUGCUUGAAAUAUAAUGGUAUUCAUGAUGUGGAAUCAAAUCAAACUGAUUCUGAACAAAAUAAUUCCGAUUUUAUUAACUGUAAUAUAUCAGUAGGUGCAUCAUUAUCAAUUGAUACAGAUCAAACAAGUGAUCAUAAAAGUGCUACUGGAUCAGAAUUAACUCUUCAAGAAGCAGUUACUCAACAGGACUCUAAUAGAGUGGCUAUGACACCAGUAGUUUCACCAGUAGUUCCACCAAUAGUUCCACCAAGAAGCAUCGAUGAUCCGCAAUACAAAAAUGGCACUUUCAGUCCAGAAAUCCAAUCUUCAAGCAAUCGUCUUGAAUCUUCUGAGAUUCCCUUUGUAGCUAAUAGAGUAAACAAAAAUGAAUUGAUCAGUAGCACACAUUCAGUGCUAAAUGAACGACUGCUUAUUAAAUCCCCAGUAGUUCCCCCAAGGAGUACCAGUCAAAAUUCUCCAAAUCGGAGUCGUUUGCAAAAAAUGUCUGCCAACUAUUCAGCCAUCGAGGAAAGCAUCGCGGAAAAAGAUAGCAAAAAACUAAAUGGUAUUUCUGUGGUUGAAACGAAAGAUGAAGGCUUUAUCAAAAGUAACAAACCACAGAGAAUUUUCUAUCAAAUUCAAAAUGGUAUUGUUGGCAAUUGCAGAAACCCAAAAUGGAGUCCAAAGCUCCAGUCUCAUAUUCCUGUUGUAACUCGAACACCGUCAACCAAAUCGAGAAAAAAGUUUACCAAAGCUGAGCAUAUCAAAGUUACAGAAAAUCCACCAGUUCCUCCGGCACUUAAUAAAAUAAGUGAUGAUGUUUUCAAGAGUGAUAUGAAUGGUGCGUCAUUGUACAUUGCAAAAAAGGAAGCUCUGCGGAAAACUUACCUUCCCCAUUCGAAAAUAAGUAGAGAGGAAGAAAUAGAUUUGAAUAAAACGCGCAGAGCUCGCCUAGAAGCAAAUCAAGCUUUACUACAACGACAACAAGAUGAGCUUAGGGCCCUAGGAAUUUUACCCUGA